AUGAAGGGCGCUCUCCUGCUGUGCGUUCUGGUGCUGGGAAUGGUGGCCCUGCCGGCGAAGGGCUUCAUGCCGUACUCGAGGAGCAGCCUCUGGGACUUGAUGCUUCCCUCCGACGACCCCUUCAGGAUCCUGGAGCAGACCCCGUUCCCCGUCCCCAAGGGCGUGGAGAACCUCGCCCUCGCCCGAGCGGACUGGAAGGAGACCGCCAAGGCGCACGUCAUCUCGGUCGACGUUCCAGGUAGAUGGUCAAUGGAUGCUUCCCACUGGAUCGGGGACUCCCUUCCGCGUGGUGCUCACCUCCGUUUUGAUCUCGGUUCCUGCAGGGGUGAACAAGGGGGACAUCAAGAUCGAGAUCGAGGAGAACAGAGUGCUGCGGAUCAGCGGCGAGCGGAAGGUCGACGAAGGGAAAGAGGAGGGGGAGAAGUGGCAUCGAGCGGAGAGGACUUCCGGCAAGUUCUGGAGGCUGUUCAGGCUUCCCGCCGGCGCCGACAUGGACGGCAUCAGGGCUCACCUGGAAGACGGCGUGCUGACGAUCACGGUCCCCAAGCUGGCAGAGGAGAGGAAGCAAGCGAAGGUGGUGGAGAUCGUCGACCACUCCAAGGGCGAGGAUAUCAAGGCCUCUAAGGCCGAUCUGUGA